GUUUUCCAUUUCUCUGUUGACAAGGAAAUCGCACGAGGGUUUUUAACUGUUUUUAACUUUCUUCCGCGUAUAUUUGUCACUUUUGUUUGUUGUUAUUACACAUGUUCAUCACAUUUGAUAAAUAGCCAAUACAACGAAAUAGGAAGCGCACCGUUCGAUGACCGUUCUUAACGUGCUUGUUUACAAAAGCGUGGUUUUAAAUGAUGGAAGGUUCGAAAGUCGAAAAAAGAGGAACAUUGGACGAUUCCGAUGCAAAACCACUCGAGCCUAUUUUGGUGAGGCUCGACGAACGCGGUUGCGCUGCUCAUUAUAUUUUUAUUGAUAAAAAUGAGUUUAAAAUAGGUCGUGCAAGGGACAAUGAUGAAAUUAUAUUGGAUACAAUGAUAUCUAGAAGGCACUGCCUUUUAAGAUGCGAAGGAAAUGAUGAGUGGACCAUUAAGGACUCAAGUUCCUCGGCUACAUUUGUCAAUGAUAUUCCUCUCACUUUUGGAAUAACUCAGAGAAUCUCUGAUGGAGAUAUUAUACAGUUUAGCACAUGUGAUCAAUUUAAGUAUAGGUUCACGCUUGUUGCCAAGGAAGAAUGUAAAACUAAGAAACCAAGGUUGGAUGAACAAAUACUUGAUAAUGUUCUUACAGAACAGAAGACAUUUGCAGAAAGUCAGGAAUGUCAAAAGAGAGUUCUUAAGGACAAGCUGCAAACAAAGCAGAAGGAGCAAGAUAUAUUGAAGCAGCAGUUGGAAGAGCUUUUGAAACAACAAGGUGUCACAAGAGAGGACACAGAUGAUCUGAAGAAACAAAUUACAAUGUUAGAGGGUAAAAUAGAGAGUGGUAAUCUGCAAGAGAAGCAUUUACACAAGAUGUAUGCGGAAAUGUUAGAAAAAUUGGAAAGUGAACGAGUAGAAUUUGAGAAAAGAUUGAACGAUGAGAAACAAAAAUGGCAAGAAGCAUUGAAUGUGAGUAAACAGGAGAAAGAAACAUUGGAAAUCAAAAUGAGAGAGCAGAUGGAGAAAUGGAGAGAGGAACAGCAGGCUGAAUGGAAGAGUGUUAUGGAAACCAUAGUUAAAGAAGAGAAAAAUAUACAGGCUCAGUUAUUGAAUGAGAAAACAGUUUUGGAAGAGAAGCUAAAGGAAACAGAAAAAGCUUUGAAAGAACAAGAAGCUAAAGCAGAAACAAUACAAAGUAAUGUUGCAGGCCCAUCUGUUACCAAUACCGAUAGCUGUAUAUUUUUAGAACUAUUAAAUGAUCCAUCAGGAAUUCGGAUCUUAGACACAAUAGAUUUAACACUGCCUACACAGAUUGAUGUAGGUACUGAAGAAAAAGAAAGUAUAAUGGAUAAAGUUACAGAUAUAAUGGAUGAACAGUUAACUUGCAGUGUAUGUUCAGAGUUGUUUGUGAAAGCAACAACACUAAGUUGCAUGCACACAUUUUGUCAACAUUGUAUCCGUUUGUGGAGCAAGAAAAAAAGGGAAUGUCCUGUGUGCAGAGCAUCGGUAACGCACAUGAAUAGAUCACUAGUUCUUGAUAAUUUCAUUGAAAGUAUGUUAGAGAAUUUACCUGCUAAGCUUAAACAAAGAAGGAAAGAACUUAUAGAGGAAAGAAAAGAUUGUCAGUUUGAAAUACAUUUAAUUGGUGCUAUUAAACUUACAAGGUAA